AUGGAUGCAGAAGCGGGACCCGGCAGGAAAAGUUCGCGCCGGUUCGCACGCAGCGCGGUAUCCAGCGACAACAUACAGCUGUCGCGUCUCGCUGCUAUGAACGUGGACGCGGAUAGCGACGAGGCCGAGUUCGGAGCACUUGCAUUCGGCACCUACGACGACGACGAGGAAGACUCUAACUCAAGCGAACCGGAAUGGGACGAGGAAGAUGUAUCCGAUGCGAGUGCCAACGACACGAGGAAGGCACUCUCCAAAAAGCCGCCAAGGAAGGCUUCUUCUUCAACGCGGAUGGCCGGGGCUCCAAGUAAGCACUUCAAGCGCAACCGAAGCCGACACGGGGCAGCGAGAGAUGACGACUCAAAUGACGAGGACGAAGAUGAUGUUGACGACUCAGCGGCGGAGGAUGCCAUGAACCUGGAUGGUCUUGAUCCUCAGCUCUUCGGCCACGCCGGUCCUUCUAAGCCAAGGCCACACGAAAACGAAGCCGACGAUGCAGAAGCAGACUUCGAGCCGGAGUCCUUUCAACGUCUUGUCAGCUCACUGCAAGACACAUCUCGAGAGGCUGGCGCGCUGCGUCAGCGCUGGGACACCUCCAUCGAGGCUGAGAACGCCGAAUUCGAAAAUGAGCUGCGUGCAGCUGCGGGCUUCAAGCAGAAACGUCGGGCGCGCCGAAAGGCACACGAGCAGCCCCUGUCGCCGGAGGUGCAGGCUCUUCUAGCUGACGCAAACAUGGCGUACGUCGAGCACCGUCUCUACGACGCCAUCCCCAAGCUCGAAGAAGUGAUCCGUAUCGAACCCAACGUCAAGACUGCCUGGAAGACGCUAGGGCUGAUCUACGAAGAGUUGGGCGAGGAAGAGAAGAGCAUACAGUGUCGAAUCAUCGGCACUCAUCUCGAGUCUGGCGCAUCGGGAGAAUGGAAGCGGCUUGCAUAUCGUUCCAUCGCCCAAAUGCUGUACCGACAAGCGAUCUACUGCUUCCAGCAAGCCAUCAAGAUCAACAAGUCGGACAUCGACAGCAUCUGGGAUCGUGCUCUACUAUUGCGAGACUUGGGUGACUACAAAGCUGCCAUCAACGGCAUGCUCGAUAUUCUCAAGCUGCAGUCGUAUGAUGCGUCUGUCGUCCAGGAGCUUGUUCCCAUGCUUGUAAGCACCGGCGAUUACGAUCGCGGAAUCGAGGUGCUGGAGCGAUGGCGAAAGUCAAGCAUGGAAGCCUUUCCGUCACCCACGACCGAUGGGCUGCUGGACCCCGCCUUGACAGGCGCAAACGAAGCCGAAAGCGCAAGUCAACCGGUCGGUACUGCCCCGACCUCCAACAACUUCCGCAUCUCAGAGCUGGUCACCCUUGCCGACCUCAUGCUCUUGACACGCAAGCCCCUCGAGACGGUCAAGCUUCUCCGACAGACUGCUCGGUGGCUCGACGGUCGAGUCAACGAAAACUUCUGGGACCCUGUCAACGACGACCGCGAAUUCGACGGUGAUAUCGACCCACAGAUCCGCAAGGAGCGCGAUCAAGAAGGCUACGGACGACAAGUCGAGAACGCAGAAUCGCACAUGCUCGAUCCCGAGAUCCGUCUCCGCCUAGGCAAGGCUCGAAUGAUGCUGGGUGACGUAGCCGAAGCCAAGCAUCACUUCGACAUUCUCACCGAAGGCGAUCCUGGGGACAGGCCUCAGAUUUUUGCCGAGAUCGGCGACUGCUACUACGAGCACAAGUUCUGGCCUGAAGCGCUAGACGUGCUCACGGACCUUGCCACCACAGAGUAUGCGACGGACGAAGUGUCGCUGUACGCUAAACUGGCCGCGUGCAAUCACGUGCUUGGAGAGCUGGAAGAGGCAGCUCGGCUGUACGAGCCUGUCGUCGAGGCUUCGCCAGAUACCCUGGAAUGGCAGAUGCGGCUCGCAGAGGUGUACGAAGGGCUGGGAGAAAAGGAGAAGUCGUUGGAAGUACUUCAGCAGGUCAUGCGAAUCUUGCAGAUGCAAAGGGAGGCCGGAGCCCAGACCGAGACUGCAUAUGGUGCGUCUGGGACGACACAGUCCGGCAUCGCAAAUGACGGGUCGCUGUCCUUCUUCGACGAGAUGGGUGCGACUCCCGCAGCAAAGGCGUCACUCGCCAAACGGGCGAGGAUGAACUACAACCGAGAACAGAGGCUCAAGCUGGAAGCGCAGCGAGAGCAGGAGACGCAGCUCGCCUGGCGACGACUCGAGUUGCUCGACCCUCACGUCUUCAUCGAAGGCUUCUGGAGGCACGACGUCGCCAUCAACAAAGAGACCGAAGAAGCGAUGGGACCUUUUUACAUUUCGUCCGAGAGUGUAGAGGCCCGUGAGAAGCGGUAUCGACAGACAGCGCAAUGGCUGGAAGAAGCCAGCAGCCUCAUCGACGCUUUACGCCUCAAUCCUCGUCUCAACGGUCACCAUCUCAAGCGGCGUCGACCGGGAGGCAACCGUACCGCUGCGGGCAGACAGCGCCGACAAGAAGCCAUCGCGUCCGGCACACUCGCGAGUCUCCUCAACACACGCGGCGGCGGUGGACCCACCACAAUCUCCACUCAAGCCAAGAACCUUCUCCACCGCCUGCAAGAUCAGCUCGUCGAGGACGAAGCUACCUCCGACCUCGGUGACGGCAGCGAAGCUGGCGACGCCUCGCGCCAACGUUCCGAGCCCGGCCCCAAACAGCUCGACAUGUCCAAAUUCCGCGGUCUACCGAUCGAGCAUUGGAUCGCGCUCUUCUCCAAAUAUUGCUUCCUGCUCGUCAAAUCCGGCGAACCCAUCACGGUGGUCAAUACGCUUCUGCAGUCGCUGCACACGAGCGCGGUGGUGUGGGGCAUGUUUGAUCGGAUGCUCGUCGUCCAGCUGUCGUGGCUCUCGUGCGCGCUCUACGUGCAAGACUGGCCGACGGUGUGGAGCGCAGUGCGCUGGUUGGCGCAGGAGAUGCAGUUUCAUAAUCUGCCGCUGAAGCUGGGCGCCAGUCUGGCGAAUGCGACCGGGUUUCACAGUUUGGGGAAGAUGAUCGGGAAUAAUGAUAUCAAGUUCUAUCAGAGGAGGAUGAGAUCGGGGGAGGCGGUGGCGAGGGGGGUGCAGUGUCGAUUUUCGACGACCAACAAGCGAUGGCAGGUGCCGGUGGCGGUGUACAACUCGUUGACGAAGACCGAUGGUGCUGGUCACCUGCGACAGGCGAAUGAUGAGAGAGACGACGGAGAGGACGACGUUCAUGCUGAGGACUCGGACGGAUCCCUAUCAGACGAGCCCUCCUCCACGUCCGCCCCUUUCAGCUCAGCCCCAUCCCAAGACAUCAAAGGCGAUCGACCCGACCCAGCUCUGGCCAUCCGUCUCGCUCGACCCACCAAACCCUCGCCCCUCGCCGAACUCCACUACGGCUACAUGCUCCUCUACUCGGGCGGCUUUCAAUCCUCGGCCGCCUUCUUUGGUCGCGCUUUCGCCGUCCAACCCGCCGAUCCGCUGCUCUGCCUCGUCACCGCCACCGCCUUCCUCGGUCGCAGCACCAACCGUCAAACCGACAACCGCCAUCAUAUGAUCCUCACCGCCCUAUCGUUCCUCCAGGACUACCGGAAGUUCAGGGAGGAGGGAAAGUGGGCCGAGAUGGAGUACAACGCCGCUAGAGCUCUGCAUCAUGUUGGUCUGGUGCAUUUGGCCGAGCGAAGGUAUAGGAAUGUUUUGGAGUAUAACGGAGAGGGAGAAGGGUGGGGGAUGAAAAGGGAGGCAGCGUGGAAUUUGGCCUUGAUCUACACGACGAGUGGGAGUGCCGACAGGGCGAGGGAGCUGUAUGAGCGGUAUCUGACGGUGUAG